AUGGGGGCUGUGGGGGAAGUGGGAUGUCCGCUAUGCGUGGUGCUGAUCAUCCUCACUGCUGGACUCAGCUGGAUCCUCAUCAGCCUCCUGUUGGGCACCCAGAGUGGCUUCUCUCGCUUCCAGCAGCUCCUCAGCAGCCCUGAGAACCCCCCCACGGCAGUGUCAGGCUGCGGCAGCUCGACUGUGACCCUUCAGGCCAGCGCCGGCCCCUCAGGAGCCAGAAGCAGACACAACAAGCUGCAGCCCAGGAGGUAUAAAUGUGGCCUCCCACAGCCCUGCCCCGAGCAGCAUCUCACCUUCCUCCUGGUCAGUGGUGCCGCCAACAAGAUCUGCCUGGAGGAUAAAAUGCUAAUGAGCAGUGUGACGAACAAUGUGGGGCGGGGCCUUAACAUCGCCCUGGUGAAUGGGGUCAAUGGGGAGCUCAUUGAUGCCAGGUCCUUUGACAUGUGGGCUGGAUACGUCAACGAGCUGCCGAAGUUCAUUCGGACGCUGCACGGGGGAACCCUGGUGUUCGUGGCCUCAUAG